UUGAUUCCGAAAAUGUGCCUGGCUUUUGUUGUUCUUCUGCUUCUAAUCAUGAUCGCCUCCUCAUUCCUCGGAAAAUUGCAAGCUCAACAUGGUCGGCUUCCACCAGGUCCUAUGCCUCUCCCAGUUUUAGGAUCACUUCUUUCUCUCAGGAAUCCACUGCAUCGUCACUUUGCAAGCCUCACAAAGAUCAAUGGACCCAUAAUCCACAUCAAGCUCGGGCUUGUGUCUUGCAUAGUUGUGAACAGCUCUGAGAUGGCCAGGGAGGUCCUGAGAGCUCAUGAUGUGGAGUUUGCUUACAGGCCUCUUUCAAAAUUUGGAGAGUACUUCAGCUUCAGAUGGAAAGAUGUUGUGCUUGCUCCUUACGGAGAGUCCUGGAAGAACCUGAAGAUGAUCACGGCUCAACACUUGCUGAGUCCCAGUAGGCUGGAUGCUGCUGCUGCUUACCAAGAAUCUGAAAUGGCGCUCGUGGUCAAAGAUGUUGGACGUCUUGCCACCGCCUCCAAAGUCAUCAAUCUCAAACAUUUCAUUGAUAAGUUUGUCUCUGGUGCGUUUUGCCAGGUUCUGUUUGGAAAGAGAGAUGUGCCGGUUGUGGACUUGAUCAGCCUGAUUGAGAAGCAGACCCUGAGCAUCAAUGUCGGGAAGUUCAUACGGCCACUUGAUUGUCUUGAUCUCCAUGGAGUGAACCGGAGAAUGAGGGAUGAUCUGAUGCCAAAGUUGGAGUCUCUUCUUGCUAAUAUUAUCCAAGAACACAAACAGUGCAAACUCGACAUUGAAUCCUCGGGCCAGGAAUUCAUUCCCAAGGACUGGACGGAUGUGCUUCUGUCUCUCCAAGACGCUGCUGAUAAUAAUCUCUCAGACAUAUCAAUUAUGGCCCUCCUCACUGAUCUGGUUGCAGCGGGAAUUGACAACAUGAAGGGAGCUGUAGAGUGGGCGAUGGCAGAAGUGAUUCAGAACCCCCCUGUCAUGCAAAAAGCGCAGGAAGAAAUCCAAGACGCAAUCGGGACCGAGCGCCUCCUAAGGCUUUCAGAUGUCCCCGGCUUGCCUUACAUGCACGCAAUCCUGAAAGAGGUGUUGCGACUUCAUCCAACAGGCCCACUUGGAGUCCCUCAUUUUAAUCCCACGGAAGCUGUUCUAGCUGGCUACAGGAUUCCGAAAGGGUCCACUGUGCUCAUCAAUAUCUGGGCAAUUGGACGAGAUCCAAAACACUGGCUUGACCCAGAAGACUUCCGUCCCGAACGCUUUCAAGGAACCGAGAUCAAGGUGGUCGGACAAGAAGCGCAGCUGGAGAUGAUCCCAUUCUCUGCUGGACGCAGGAUGUGCCCGGGGCAUCCAGUUGCUGUUCGUUUCAUCCCCUUUGCAGUUGCCAGCCUGAUUCAUGCCUUUGAUUGGAGCCUUCCACCGGAUCAAAACUCGGUCGACCUGAUGGAGAAGGGUGGUACAAUCGCAAGCAAGCUGGCUUCAGAGCUAACAGCUGUUGCAAGUCCCCGGUUGAGCUGCAAAUCUCUGUAUGAAUGAGGAAUUCAACUGCCCCAAUCUUUGACUUUGAUUGUGAAUGCCAAUCGUUUUCCGGAGCCACUGGCACCAAUAUUCCUUUGGUUCUGGGAUUUGAACCAAUCUAAUCUAUGGUACCUUCCUGGUGGAA